GAAUUUCAAGCAAAGAAACUUCGCCCACCGAAAAAAACACGAUAUUACUGAGUUGACACUGAACGCGCGUGCUUCAUUCAACUGUUUCUGCGCAGUAAGCGGCUAUGGAUGACAGCUGGAGUUUCUCUUUGUCGAAUUUCGGUGGCAUAGUUGUUUGGUCGCGACUGAGACAUAGCUUCGUCGCUUGACAAGGCAGUGUCCUAAGGUGUGGAGUUGUAGGUGAGGGACUGAGGCGGACUCCACAUGUGGAAGACUACCGACAUUUUAGUCAAGUGGCCCUGUGACUAUGCGAGAUUCAAUGAAUGCCGAACGAUGUAGGAGAGACAAGAAACGAAGAAGGCUGCCUGGCGUUGUCGCGUGUACCGUGACUUCCCACAAAAAACCUAGGUGAAGAGGGUCGACAGCGCCAUCAGACCUGAGAGGUUGCCCAGUUCAGCUAAACUCGUUUCCUCCAGGCAAGGAGUCUUAUUGCCAGCUGCCGGCUGUAUGCGAAAUGACUGAGUGCUUUCUCUUCUUGUUCAGGCGUAUCAUGGGGGCCUCAGUUUCAACAGCGAGAGGCACGCAAGUGCUUUCGGCAGUCGCCGUCGCCACAGGAGCUGCUGCCAUUUGGUGGCUGACGUCUCCAAACGGGUGGGGUUCACAGAAAGCCGGAGUUUCGGGCGCAGGCCUGCCCACUGAUGAUGAGACUGAGGCGACAAUGAAGGAGAUCUGCGAAGAAUUCCACUCCAUUUUCACUGAACUGGCUCAAGUAUCGAGAAAUGUAAUUCGGGCAAUGCAAGACCAGGGUUUUCAGAAACCGGUACCUCGCGAACAGGUGGAGGCAAUGCUCAUGCAGCAAAUGUUUCGCGAACGGCUUACUGCGGCAGAGGCUGCGAUCCUUGCCCGGAAGCAGAUUUCCAAGGAAUCCCUAGAACGUGCAUGCGAUCUGCAUAAAUCGAAGAAUGAAAGCUUGCGCGUGUACGUGGACGGCUUGAAGGCAAUGUACCGGGACGCAGUCGACGGCGAGCUUCCCAUGCUUCCAGGAAUGACACUGCCGAACGAGGUAACAGAGGACAAAAUCCUCCGUGUCCUGGAACAGAUUCACAAGGCAAAGCAGGCAAGGUUUCAAGAAGUGCUAGGACGCGGCAGCGCUUCCGAUACGUCAACGCCGACUUCGCCUCUAGCGAAACAGCUGCAAGAGUGCAACAAGAAAGCAGAAGAGGAGGUCCUCGGAAAAGCAGAACAUGCAGGGUUGACCGAAAAGAUACUUCUUCAUGCGGUGGCUGUGUUCUCACGCCGGCCUCAGUUCAAACUCAAAAAGCAACUUUUGGACGAGAUGCACACGGAAAUCAUUAUGGCAUUAAUGAAUACGCGAAAGAAGACCGAUUCCUCGCAGCAGCAGCGUCCUGCUGCAGACACUUGCAUCAUAGCAGCGUUGCACCCAAAGGUGGAAGAGACGACGGGUGAGGAGCUCCCGCUCCGCCUGCAGAGCUGCUCAGACUGUGGAGGAUGCGUCGUAUGCUUGAUCUUGCGAGGCGAAGCCGGAGAAAGUGAAGCUGAUUCCAACCGAGGGGGAGGCGCAGACGGGAACGAAGUGAAGGACAAUGCGAUCCGAGGUGGCGUAAGCUCUCUGCGUGAACUAGGCGAAUUUUGUGGGGCUGUUGAUAAAAUGGACCAUGAGGACAUCUCAUUUGUCUACUUGACCCACAAUGAGGCGUGUAAAAUGGAGACAGAGGCAAUGAAGACAGCUGCUGCGAAAGCUGAAGAAGUUGGUGCAGCUUAUAUCUUUUUCCAAGGUGCAGACGUCUAUACGUUGGCACCGACGCUGGCUGAUCUCGUGCAGAUGGUCCAGCAGGAGAGGGAGAACUUCACAGUAAGACGAUCUGAGCGUCCACAAGAAAAAGAAACGAAUGCCGUAACAGGUGAAAUGAAAUCGUCAGCUGAUGGUGCGAAUCCCCGCCGCGACUCCUCGGCAACCAGGACUGAAGCCCUGAGCACUGUGCAGACGGCCGAGGACUCUGAAAAUAUCCCAUCAGCUAGUACACUUGAUAUGUCGUGCCCAGCCAGCGAUGGGGUUGGUGUCAACGAAGUUACACUGAAUGAAGGCGGAAGUAGAAAAGCUACUCUGAUAAACUUGGCUUGAAGUACGAGCAAGGCACGAUGUUUCCCGUUUUUGUUCUAGGCACAGUUGUUAACCAGACCCCAGAAAGAUCCCCUUCGAAUGUGUUCUCAUAAACUUGACACACUGCAGGAGCUGCGUUGAUCUUUUGUGGCGUGUCUGCCCAUGUUUCAUAGUGGUGACGAAUGAUGGUAAACUUCCACCAUCUUACCACAUUUCCGAUACAAUAUUUCCAACACGCCAUACACUGCAUAUUUCACCGGUGAUGCGGGCGGGAGUUAAACGAACACGUGAGGAAGAGAAUUCACAGGGAAUGAUGCAGAAAGAAUUCCCCGAAGCCGGCCCUGCAAGCAACCGUAAAGUGUCAGUGAUUCGACAAGUCUAGCGAUGCUGAUAUCCUGUUCGAUGGAACACGUUCGCAAUAACCGUUAGGAUGGAGAGGUCGAAACAGAGGAAACCCCUUCACCCAAACUCCUUUAUUGGCCGAUAACAACAGGUGGGGGCUGAUAAUUUUCAUAAUGAAGUACUGUCAGGUCACGAAGGCCUUCCGAAUGAUAAAGAUUGGCAGCUCUUGAUGCACCACCGGUGCCGGCCGUUGCGGGCACGCUGUUUUUCGACAGCAUAAACCUUAAACCCUAAAUAAUCGGAAGUCCUUUGCACAUAGAAUCGUAUUAUUUGUGGACAUAACUGACAAUCCCGAUGAGGUGUCCGUCUGUCAGGGCAACGGUGUAGAGGCGGGAGAGCGCGAUACUGCCACGAUGAGUUUGUUAAACUUCGACGGUUUUUUGCUCUAUGUUACGCUUUACGCAUGAGGGUUUUAAGAUUUCUUUCGUGCAGCUUAGUAGCUGGAAAGCACUGCAAAAGGGUCCUGGAGAAGCCAGUGACAGAUUCUUAGUCGUGAAAACACUUUCCGAUGUUCCUGUGUAGGCAGGGGUGUGGGGGAUGAAUGCUGGCUACCCAACUGAAACACCAGGCUCAACGCAGAGUAUCCACGCAAAAAGUUUCUGGCUGCAACGGUUCUUUUGAUGUGGACAACCGACUCUUGCAUCGCCUGAAGUGAGGUGAUCGCGUUCCUGGUGACUACCGGGGUCAUCACGCGAAGAUGAGCACACGGCAUCCCGUCGGACACACACAACCGAUUAGAGGAGACAUCCAUCUAAGGAUUUGACGAUUUUUGAAAGAUCCUUGUUUCUUGAGGGUCUUCGAGAGCACAGUUCAGGUCUUCACAUUGGUGAGGAGAUUUCAGGAAAAAAUGUUCAAAGUUGUGGGUUUAGGGGGCUUUGCUCUGACGAUCGUCGUGGCAGAACUACCUUGUUCUUAACGCGUGCAGUUGGGUCGAACGAAGCGAGUGGACGUCUCUCAUGCCAAUCAGGUGCACUGUCCCGAACAGGUGAUGCGGCAAUACGGAGAGGAUGAGACGUUGAUCUGCUGGUGACUGCCUUGAUCCCUUGUCCUCUGAGAACGACUGGCCUACACGACGGUGUGUGGCACGCUCAUGUCCGAUGGAAUUUCUUGAGGUCGGGCACACACUUUUCUUAGGGCGUGACCACACUGACCAGAGCACAAUCGCUUAAGAUGGACAACUGCAACGCGAAAAACGCGAAUGCAAAUGACGUUUUCAAUCAUGUACUAUUAAGUGCCUGUGUAGCAGCGCUGGGAUCGUCGGGAUCGUCGGGAAACCGUGCCUCCCUAGCACGACAGAAAAACAAGCUGGCACCGAUAUUUCCGUUAAUAUUUUAUCAUGACU